AUGGACAGAAGCUCCUUGCUGCAGCUCAUCCAGGAGCAGUGUGCCAGGUCCUGUGGUCUGGGUUUGGCCUGCCUCAGACCUUGGCUGGCGCCACCCCAUCCCACCCCACCCCAGCAGCUGGACCCUGAGAACACAGGCUUCAUCGGUGCAGACACCUUCGCUGGUCUGGUGCACAGCCAUGAGCUGCCCCUGGACCCGGCCAAGCUGGACAUGCUGGUGGCCCUGGCCCAGAGCAAUGAGCGGGGCCAGGUCUGCUACCAGGAGCUGGUGGACCUGAUCAGCAGCAAGCGCUCCAGCAGCUUCAAGCGGGCCAUUGCUAAUGGGCAGCGGGCACUGCCCCAGGAUGGGUUGCUGGAUGAGCCAGAACUGGGUGUCUACAAGCGGUUUGUGCGCUAUGUGGCCUAUGAGAUCCUGCCCUGUGAAGUGGACCGCCGCUGGUACUUCUACCGGCACCGCAGCUGCCCGCCCCCUGUGUUCAUGGCCUCCAUCACCCUCGCCCAGAUCAUCGUGUUCCUGUGCUACGGGGCACGCCUCAACAAGUGGGUGCUGCAGACCUACCAUCCAGAGUACAUGAAGAGCCCCCUUGUGUACCACCCUGGGCACCGUGCCCGGGCCUGGCGCUUCCUCACCUAUAUGUUCAUGCACGUUGGGCUGGAGCAGCUCGGGUUCAAUGCCCUCCUGCAGCUGAUGAUUGGGGUGCCCCUGGAGAUGGUGCAUGGCCUGCUCCGUAUCAGCCUGCUCUACCUGGCAGGUGUGCUGGCAGGCUCUCUGACCGUCUCCAUCACCGACAUGCGGGCCCCCGUGGUGGGAGGCUCUGGCGGGGUCUACGCCCUGUGUUCAGCACACCUGGCCAACGUCGUCAUGAACUGGGCUGGGAUGAGGUGUCCCUACAAGCUGCUGAGGAUGGUGCUGGCCUUGGUGUGCAUGAGCUCCGAGGUAGGCCGGGCCGUGUGGCUGCGCUUCUCCCCACCACUGCCUGCCUCGGGCCCGCAGCCCAGCUUCAUGGCACAUCUUGCGGGUGCGGUGGUAGGUGUGAGCAUGGGCCUGACCAUCUUGCGCAGCUACGAGGAGCGCCUGCAGGACCAGUGCGGCUGGUGGGUAGUGCUGUUGGCCUACGGCACCUUCCUGCUCUUCGCCAUUUUCUGGAACAUCUUUGCCUAUGACCUGCUGGGUGCCCACAUACCCCCGCCGCCCUGACCAGCUCCCUUUGGCUGGGCUCAGGCAUG